GGCUGAGCGGGCGACGCGGCGGGCGGAGCGACAUGGCAUCUGACCACCACACAAGUUCAGAGAAAAGAGCAGGAAAAAUUGAAUUGAAUGAAAUGCAGAAGCAAGAAAUUAAAGAGGCCUUCGACUUAUUUGACGCUGACGGCUCCGGGACCAUAGAUGUGAAAGAAUUGAAGAUUGCAUUGCGGGCCUUAGGAUUUGAACCAAAGAAGGAAGAAGUCAAACAAAUGAUAGCUGAAAUGGACAAAGAAGGAAUUGGCACCAUUAGUUUUGAAAAUUUUUUUGCCAUUAUAAGUGUAAAAAUGAGUGAGAAAGAUGAAAAAGAAGAAAUAUUGAAGGCUUUCAAAUUAUUUGAUGAUGACGAUACUGGGAGAAUAACACUAAGUAAUAUCAGGAGAGCUGCCAAGGAGCUCGGGGAGAAUCUAACAGACGAUGAACUGCAGGAAAUGCUUGAUGAAGCUGAUUGUGAUGGGGAUGGAGAAAUAAAUGAGGAAGAAUUCUUGAGAAUGAUGAAAAAGACCACUUUUUAAUGCUGUUCUGUCUUCUGGAAAGUUGUUAACAGAUUCACAUUUAUUAUAUAAUUCAGUAAUGUAAUAUCUGAAUGGAUUCAUUUUCAAUUUUUAGUUUAUAUACACAGAUUGGUCUUGGUGUCUAUCUGUGUGAAAAGUUACGUGUUUCUACCAAUGUUGUUAUAUCUGCCAUACAAAGAAACAAAGAAAACAUGACAGCUUUCUUGAGCCAUGAAUAUAAGAGCAGUGUUAAUUCCAACUGCUAUUUUUAAAGUACAGGUUCCACAGACUUAGAAUUUUCUUGAAGCCUAUUGCAGUUGGCCCCAUAUCCAUAUAAAUUUGGCAAACCAUUACUUUAUUCUUAUUGUGCGACUAAAAAAAAGCUGAUUAACAUAUUCUUUUUAAUCACUUUUUCAAAUAUGUAAAAUAUUAAAUAAAACUGGUUGGCA